GCUGCGGAAGGCGGUGCAGCCCCACAUCCGUGUCCGGGGCGCAGGCAGGCGCAGUCCGGAUGCAGCCGGCAGGGCCAGAGGGGCAUGGAAUGCCCGGAUGCUCAUCCGGGCCGUUGCCUGCUGCACGGCUGUCCUGCUUGGGCCCGAGUUCAACCCUACAGCCUGUGGUGCAUGUUUUCUUGAUUGUUUUUGUUAAUAACUAGUAAAAAUGUACUUUUUCCCUUGACCUUUCUGUACUGUAGGUGCCUGGAAAUUUUCCAUCCUAUACGUUUACAGCCCUAGUUACUGAAGCUGUUGGUCCACGAUGACAACCAUUUCUGACCUUCCAGAAGAUGUCCUAGUGGAGUUGCUUUCUAUGCUUCCAGCCCAGGAUCUGAUCUGUGCCUGCAGACUGGUCUGCACCCAGUGGCGAUACGUGGUGGAUCUAACCACCCUGUGGAAACGCAAGUGCCAGCGGGAGGGGUUUCAUACCCAGAAUUUGGACAGAAGCAUCCCUGACUGGAAGAUCUUCUAUAUGCUCUGCAUCUUGAAGAGAAACUUGAUAAAAAAUCCCUGUGCUGAAGAGAGUUUUCGGCACUGGAAACUUGAUAAUAAUGAGGGAGAUAGAUGGAGGAUUGAGGAUCUGCCUGGACCUCUUGGGAGAGAGAUGCCAGAUCCAAAAGUACACAAGUAUUUUGUCACUUCAUUUGGGCCAUGCCUCAAAUCUCAACUCAUUACCCUGAAGAAUGAAGGAUACUGGAAUGAGCUGAUGGAUGAGAACCAGCCUGAAAUUAUAGUCAAGGAUUGGUAUGCUGCCAGAUUUGACUGUGGGUGCCGUUAUGAAAUUACUGUGAGGCUGCUCUCUGAAGAUUAUAUCGUCCUUGAUGAGUUCCACCCCGAGCCAGUGGUUAUAGAGCAGUGGAGCGAUGCGAUGUGGAGAGAGAUUUCUCACACCUUCCACAAUUACCCAGCUGGAGUUCGUUACAUCUGGUUUCAACAUGGAGGCCAAGACACCCAAUUCUGGGCAGGAUGGUAUGGGAUCAGAGUGACAAACAGCAGCAUCACCAUUGGGCCCUGGACAUUGUUAUGAAGAGACAAUACAAAUGUUCUCUUUUACCUCAGGAUUGUAACCAGGUGGUCUCAGAUGCACUUAAAUUUGUACUCUCUGGGUGAGUGUCCUGGCUUUGUCCUGCACAGUUGAUCUGGAAUUCAAGCAGCUAGCUUUCCUUGUUGACAGCAGAACUUCUGCAGGCCCAGCCCUUUGGAGGGACUUCUGUCUUCCUCUUUCCUCCUGCACCAUGGAUGUUAGUGCAAUUAUUAGUGUCCUUCCAUAGGACAGAGCCUAGGACAAUUAAAUGACAUCUAGCUUUUGUAGUAGCAGAAAUACAUAAGUCUUAAGAAAGGAAAGCCCUUCCUGGUUUAUCUAUAGAGUUUAUGAAAGAUAAGGCUAAAAUAUUUCAGUUCAGAUUAUGACCCUGUUUUAAAGGGCUCUACUAUGGAGAUACUUGUUUUGUAUGGUAUUUUCUUGUUUCAGUUUAAUUGUGUGUAUAAACAUGUCUUGCAUCAGACCUCUUUGAUAGGACGAGGAAACCAUCAACCCUUUUUUGUAAGUGCUGUCUUGCUGAUGCUUACAGAUGUUGUAACAAAAUAAGUAUAUGUGAGCAAAAUGAUAUGUGUCUUACCUGUCCACAUACUGCCCACCUUUAUUUGAAUAAACAGGGAAGGAGGAGGUAAGGAAUCCCUUGUGCGUGGGUACCUUAUAACUGAAGUGCCUUUUACAAGCUGGAACUUGAUUGGGCUUGGCGCUUUCCUUGCUAUCUUUGUACUACCAAAGCACUUGGCUUGUACUAAACAGUCUAACCUCAUAUAAAAGGUUAAAGCAGCAAAUGACCUAGGUGUGUUGUUCUUCCACUUAUUUCUUGGAGGAGGCAGGGAGGGUUUAUGCUGGCUGCCUUAUCAAAGCGUCUGCCAAGAAGCUCAGCUCAAAACUAUGGACUAUGUCUUCCACUCAUGUAUACACAGAACCAAUGCUAAGGCCCUCUUCUUCCGUCUCCUUUGAUAGGUGCAGGAUAAUGGUGUUUGUCCGGUCUGUUGAGACCGGGAUGUUUGACGAGCGUCUUUGCUGGGCUGGCAGACAAAUUCCUCCUUGCUAACCCUGCUCUUAGGGUGGAGGGUCUCCUGAGGGAAGGGACUGGUGCUUUAGCCUUCACAGAAACUGGCAGAUGCCAGCCAUAUUCCAGAAAAGGUAUGGGAAAAGCGGUAAACAAUCUACAUAAACACAGAGCAGUUACUUUCUCUCUAGGGGGAGGCUGGCUUGGAUAGAACUCAGCCUAGUUCUGCUGGCAUAAAGCUUAAUAUUUAUUGAGAACUACUUAGGACCGUCACAGUGGACACUGUAAAAGGCCUCACUCACCUGUAGUGCGAGUCCAUUGCUCUAGUGGAGCAUACAACAGAUCCCUAAUCACUACCAGUGUGCAAUGGAGAUGCCCAAUUAAGGCUAGAC